GCGCGCGCCGGAUUUUUGACAUCAUAAACAUAACCUCCAAAAACUGUAUAGUGUGUGUCAAAGUUUUUCUCUGCGAUUCUGCGGAAAAUUCGCAAAAAACCCUGUGAAAUUGCUUGUUUUAUUGUCCAGUGCUUCACCUUUAUACAAUGUUUCAAAACGCCGACAAGAUUAAAGAGGCAAUAUACGAGGAAUUGCAAAAUAUCCUCAGUCCUCUGACGUCCACGAGAAACUCGGCGGAAGAGCGUCUUGCUCAGCUCAAGUUCACAGAUGGAUAUGGAGUCUACUUGGCGGAAAUUGUUAUGAAUCAAUCCUUCGACCUGUCACUCAGGCAAUUGGCUUCAGUGAUGCUGAAGCAAUAUGUGGAAGCCCAUUGGUGUCCGGAAGACCAGACACAGGUCUCAGCGUGUGAGCAGGCGAAGAAGAUGAUCAAGAACAUUCUCCCAAAUGGCCUCUACGAUCCCAACAGCAAGAUCCGUUCGGCGGUGGCUUACACAAUAUCCACAAUAGCAUCCUGGGAUUGGCCAAAUAACUGGAAUGAGUUGUUUGACAUCAUCGUGAAGUGCCUGGAGGGCAAUGAUGAUUCCGUUCACGGUGCCAUGCAAGUUCUCGUGGAAUUCACUUAUGACCUGGGACAGCAAAUUACAGACGUUGGUCCGAUCAUCAUCUCCGAGGUGUGUCGAAUCUUUGAGGCAGACUCAGUUUUCAGUGUUACUACCCGUUCCAGUGCCAUUGACAUCUUUGAGGCUCUUCUCAAGGCAAUCAACACGCACAUCCCAUCGAAGCAGGCUCAGGCUGACAUGCUCAGUCCUGUUCUGCCAAAAUUCUUGGAGAAAAUGAUUACCAGCCUCACGCUGCCCAAUGGACCCACCAGUAACUUCACCAUGAAAAAGUCCAUCCUCAAGGUGCUCUGCUACAUGAUCCGGGACAUGCCAAAAUUCAUCCAACCUCACAUCAACACCAUCCUGCCGCCCAUUUGGCAGCUCAUGACCCAAAUGGCCGAUAUGUACGUGAAAGUGUCAGUCAACAGGAGUGUCCAGUCUCCCUUUGCCGACAACGACGAAGAUGAUGAGAAAUCAAAUUUCUCGUCGAUGAUCCUUCAGCUCUUUGAUUUCAUUCAGGGCAUCAUUGAAUCCGGAAAAUUCAAGUCCACCAUUCACAAUGUCCUAACAGACCUUAUCUACAUCAUGAUAGUCUACAUGCAGAUUACAGAAGAACAAAUCGAGAGUUGGACUGAUGAUCCAGAGAAAUUUGUUCAGGAUGACGAUGAGGAAGGCACUGAUUUCUCAAUUCGUGUCUCAGCUCAAGAUGUCCUGUUGAUCCUUUCACAGGAAUACGAACUGAAAGUCCUCCCGUCGCUCUCUGAAGCUCUGUCACGGCACUGCGUUGUGGCAGAUGCUGAAAAGAAUGCUGGGAAUGGCAACUGGUGGAAGAUCCAUGAGGCCUGUAUGCUAACUGUGGGUAACUAUGAGGUGUUAAUUGUGGAGCAGGAUGAAAAGGGUGAGAACGCUUUCAAUUUGUCGGAAUAUCUGAAUUUGGUGCGAAAUCUCAUGAAUCACGAGGUAUCACCCUUUCUGUCGGGGCGAUGCAUCUGGCUCAUGAGUCAAUUCUCCAAAUCCAGCGUCUACACCAUGCAACUCCUAACCGAGGUGCUGGACACAACUCUCAACUACAUCGGCGGCGACAAGCCGAUAGUUUUGCGUAUCAGUGCCAUUAGGGCAGUUCACUGUUUCUGUGAGAAUCUCGAGGGGGCUCCAGAUGAGAAAAGGAAUCUGCUGCUGUCGAAGCUCAGUGGUUGCUUUGAGGGGAUCCUAGCUCUGGCCGGAAUGGGCAAACAAAAUCUCCUGAAUUUAAUCCUGGAAACACUUCAAGCUGUUAUUUCGUUUGAUCAGCAAUUCACGGGAUCCAUCCAGACGAAAAUGAUCCCAUUGACCAUAGCUGUCUUCCUCAAGCAUCACGAUGAUCCCUUCACUCUAGAACUGGUGCAGAAUCUCCUCAAGACUCUGUCGCAAAACACGUAUUGUCUGCAGCCGCUGCAGGAGAAACUCAUUCCCACAAUUGUCAGCAUUCUCAAUUUGCAGCGUGAACAAGCUGGUUCCUUCACACCGGCAACAGCCCUGGAAGUCCUGCAGACACUUGUGGUGAAUUGCAAGCCUCCGCUGAGUGAUAGCCUAAUCGAGAGCGCCUUUCCCGCCAUGGUACACUGCAUCCUACGCUCAGACGAUCCAGCUGUGAUGCAAAAUGGAGGUGAAUGCCUCAGGGCAUUUGUUCACGUGGCCCCAGAACAGGUGUUCAAGUACAAAAAUGGCGAAGGUCUCAACUACAUCAUGCAAGUCACAACGAUGCUCCUCAAUCCCACGAAUAAUGAAACAACAGCCGCCUUUGUGGGCAAACUUGUCAUCACGCUCAUCACGAAGGCGGGUAAUUUCCUGGGAGAAAAUAUUGAUUUGCUGCUAAAGGGUGUCAUCAGCAAACUCCAAUUGGUUCGUGCUCUAAAUAUUGCCAUGAGCCUCCUGCUCACCUUUGCCCAUCUGUUUCUCACACAAAUGGAAGCUGUUCUGAAUUUUCUCAGUACAGUUCCCGGACCAACGGGUGAACCUGCCAUGGCUUUUGUCUUUGGCAAUUGGCUCAAUCGCCAUGCAGAUUUCUACGGGACGUACGAACGCAAAGUGAGCAUUAUGGCAUUGUGCAAGAUUUUUGAGUACGGUGUGACUAGCAAGGACAUUCGCAUUACAUCGGUGACAAUUAAAGAACCCGUGAAGCAGGCAACAAGUACAAAGCCACGAACACGAUCACAAACCGUUGAUCAAUGGGUUGCCAUUCCCAUUCUCGUGAAAAUCUUCAAGCUCAUCAUUGGGGAGCUAGUGUAUCUGCAGGAGUAUGAACUGGCGGGCGAGGAAUCCGAUCAGGAGACAGAAGACGAAGAGGAAGUUCCCAAUCCAACGGCAGAAGUUACAGUUUAUCAAUCCGGGACGCUUUUCAAUCGAUACGAAGAGGAAAUUGAGAACAAUGAUCCCCUCCUUGAGGAGCUCAUCAGGCAAGAGCCAAUGUUCCAGAAUUCCAUGGAGGAGAAUCUAACGAAAUUCCUACAAAACUUCAGUCGAGAUGAACAUUUUAGGGAAUUCACCAAUCAUCUCAAUGACGAUGAAAAAAGUGCUCUUCAGCGAUACGUUGAGAUCAACUUCUAAAAUCAAUUUCUCGUCAAAUUCACAAUCAAUCAUUAAAUCACAUUAAAUAUUUUUCUAUUGUAAAUUUUUAGGACGAUUAAAAUGAAGAAAAAAAAUCCAUUCGAAUGAAAAGUGAAAGAGAAACACGAUGUGAUACAUGAAUUUACAAAUUUGCAUUCAAAUGAUAACUAAUAUUUUUAUUGAUGCAUGUUAUUUAGGCGUGAGAGACUAGCAAUUAUUUGUCAUUAUGUAUAAUUGAUUAAUUCUGCCUACGAUUUCUUUCGCUAUAUCCAUAUUAAUGGCUCAAAAGUACAGAGUAUUGAGACUUGAUCAACAUAACCGGUGUGUAAUGUCUCUCCUACAAAACGAUUUAAUUUUGCCUUUUUCCCAUUAAAUAUAAACGAGAUCAAUAGCCCGAUUCAAUUUAUCAACAUAAGUGUCCAGUGUCAACAUCUAAAAUAUCUAGCGAUUAAGUGAAAGCAAUAAUAAUUUCAGAUAAAAA